GAGAGCAAACACCUCCGCAGCGCGCGCCUUCGGCAGGACCUGUUGGGCCACUAAUUUCAACACUUUGGCCUCAGUUGCACCUUCACACAAGUUCGCUGGAUCCAACCACACGUGAAAGUUGUAUCUGAUCCAGAGCCCCCUGAAGAAUUCGCGACCGCGGCCAAUGUGGGACGGUUCCUGCCUCGUGAGCGCGCUCGUUUUGUUGUUGUUUUUUUUUGUCAUUGGCCCUCACUCAACUGCCCCUUGACCGCCACUCCACGCUCAUACAGAAUAAUAUUUCGACUCUCUUGCUGAAAACCACGAAAUGGCACCAAUGGCGGGCAGCUAAAAAGGAGAGGAGAGAGGGGAUAUAUAAUUUUUUUAUUUUUUUUUUUUGUGCGCGUGAGUCAAGUCGCGCCUUGCAGUGCUUGGGUCAACACUCUUGAGUGGUGUCGUCUCUCCGCAACGCACGCUGCACGAUGAGGCUGGGAAGCAUCAUUUUAUUCGUGGCUCUCUGCUCCUUCAGCGCUUAUUAUGUUUAUGAGCCCAUUCCGGAGGAUAUUGACGAGAGAUGGAAACUCAUGCUGACCAACACUUUCUUCCGAAGUCUCAGCCACCUGGCAGACUUCAGUGAAUUGUUAGGGCUGAAGGACUACAUGGGAGUGAUGUACUUCAUCACUCUGAUCGAAACGAUUGUGCCUGUUUCCGACGAACACGUUAAUGUGACGGUGGAGAAUUUCGACGGGGUGGAGGUGGUGCUUUACCAACCCACGCAGCAAAGUGGCAACACGGAGCUCAGGAGGGCUGUCAUAUACCUGCACGGCGGAGGAUGGUGUCUGGGGAGCGCUUACAUGAGCCCUUAUGAUCUGCUCGCCAGAAAAGUUGCCACUGAGCUGAAUGCAGUGGUUCUCUCUGUAGAGUACCGCCUUGCCGUCGCUCACCACUUCCCUGUUCCGUAUGAGGAUGUCUAUCGUGUUGUCAAGUAUUUUCUCCAGAUGGGGGUGCUUGCCCAGUAUUCGGUGGACCCAGGACGAAUUGCGGUGUCUGGGGACAGCGCUGGGGGGAACCUGGCAGCCGCUGUGUCCCAACAGUUACUGAAGGACCCAACACAAAAAGUUCAGUUGAAAGCCCAAGCCCUCCUCUACCCUGUGCUUCAGGCACUGGACCUCAACACGCCGUCUUAUCAACAGAAUCAAGACAUGCCCAUUUUGCCACGCACCCUUAUGGUCCGAUUUUGGAGUGAGUACUUCACCAGCGACAAGGCAUUUUUCAGAGCCAUGAUGGCCAACGCCCACAACAACCUCGAGUCUUCCAGCUUGCUAAAGUUCGUCAACUGGAGCGCCUUCCUGCCCGAAAUGUAUCAUGGAAAAUACCAUUAUAGUGUCCCCGCUGUGUUGCAAGGGAAGGCAGGGCAGUCGUUUGGAACCGAUGGAGCUUCCCGAUCCUUAGCUGACCCAAGGGCGUCUCCUCUGCUGGUUCCGGACACAGCCUUGCACUCUCUACCCAAAGCCUACAUCCUGACAUGCGAGUACGACGUCCUCCGAGAUGACGGGCUCAUGUACGUCACGCGUCUUCGCGCCGCCGGCGUGGACGUGACGCACGAACACUACGACUCGGGCUUUCACGGAAGCUUGAUGUUCACGGUGUGGCCGAUGGACUUCCGCAUUGGUCACCGCAUGAUGGACAACUAUUUGAAAUGGCUCAAGGAAAACUUGUAAAAAAGAACAUUGGGAAAGAUCUCUCUGGUAUUUGUCACAUCUUUGAUGCGAGAUUAUAAAUACAUACUGUAGUUGUUUGUCUUCUUUUUUUUUUUUUUUUUUUUUAAUUCCGGAGAGAAGACUCUUGGCUUGAGGAUUUGACGUCACAUCUUGUACGUUUUGUGUUCCCUUGAGAUUCUCAUUUGGUUUUUCCCCACCACAUGCAAUAAAAGUUACCUGAUUAGG